AUGCUUUCUCAGACGAAUAAUUCCAUAUCAUACCCUACAACUACCAAUAACUCAAUCACAAUUCUUUAUGGUAGUCAAACGGGCAACGCUCAGUCGUUAGCUGGGUUGCUCGCUCUCCAAUCAUAUCGAAUUUUCGAUCAGGAAUGUGUCAAAUCUAAUUUAGAACGUCUCCCUAUUAUUCAUCUACUAUCAAUGGAUGACUACACACCUGUAUCACGACUUGCGAAGGAAAAAGGUGUGGUGAUAUUCGUUUGUUCCACUACAGGUCAUGGUGUUCCUCCAGAUAAUAUGUCACUAUUUUGGAAAAAAAUAAUGAAUCGAGCUUUGAUUCCAGGUCGUUCGCUCCCAUCAGAUUUACAUUUUGCUGUCCUUGGACUUGGUGAUUCUUCUUAUCCUAUGUUCAACUUUGUCGCUAAGAAGCUUUAUCGUCGUUUGCUUCAACUUGGCGCCACUCCACUUUGCACAGAAAUUAGACGUGAUCAAGAAUAUGAAGAAAGUGAAAAUUCAAGUCUUGGGUUAGCUGAUGAACAGUCCGAGUUAGGUAUAAAUGAGGUUUUGCGCUGUUGGAUUCCAGCUCUUUGGGACAGCGUUAUAAAGUUCUUUGGCGUUCCGACUUCAGAACGAUUAUCACAAUUUAUUAGUUGGGACAACUUGAAAAAUCCUGAUUUUGUGUUUAGUUUAUGGCCUAAAUACGAUGUCGUUUGUUCCAGCUUAGUGCACAAUCCCAGUUUACAAUCCACAAGUGAAAGUAAUUUGCUAUAUCAGCUUGUCAAGCAAGUCGAAUUUGACAAUGCGCAUUCGUUCAUGUCUAAUCCAAUCCCAACUAAUGCUCAAUGGUUUCAAGUGGUACGUUGUAAACGUGUUACUAGUGCGGACCAUUUCCAGGAUACGCGACUAUUGGAAUUGUCUUAUAAAUCUGAUAUCGAUUUAAAAUCGGAUGAAUUUCGACUUGGUUCUGUGCUUUAUGUCCAGCCUACAAAUCGUAAAGAAGAUAUUUUAUCUUUUUUUCAAAUAACUCGUUUGAAUCCAACUGAACGUGUAAAAAUUACUCAAUGCCAUCCGAAUUUUCCUGUACCUCAUCUAUUCAGUGCAUUGGAAGAAAAUGACUGCGAUGUGUCUAUUGCUUGGCUUGCUACAUAUUAUUUUGAUUUGAAUGCAACUCCACAACAAUGUUUCUUUGUUAAUUACUGUGCUUUUGCUGUCAAUUGUUUGAAACUUUCAAAAAGCCCGGAUAGAGCACAACACAUAGACAAAGAUCGUUUAAAGUUAGAGGUUGAUCGGUUAACUGAUCUAGCUUCAGCUGAAAAUUCCGAUGAUAUCGAUGAUUUAUAUGAUUAUGUUUUCCGUCCUUGUCGACGUGUAGUUGAAGUACUUGCAGAUUUCCCGGUUACAUCAAGUCUCUUAACAUUACAGUAUAUACUUGACAUACUUCCUGGGCCGAUUCUUGCGCGACCUUAUUCAGUGGCGUCUCCUCCACCGAAAAUUGAGUUACUUGUUGCUGUGGUAAAUUAUCGUACACGUUUGUCAACACCACGUAUUGGAACAUCUUCAAAUUACUUAGCUUCUCUUAACCCCGGAGAUUGUCUUAGUGGAUGGUUUGGUACUAUAUCUGGUGGUUUUAACUUCGAUAGACUUUUGACACUUUCACCUCCUUCUUGUCUAUUGAUUGCUACGGGCACUGGUAUUGCACCGUUCCACAGCUUUUUGUUACAUCAAUAUAAUUCUCUUAUGUCUCAUUUGAAUCAUGAUAUGCUUCCAACAAACGUUCUCUUUUUCGGUUGCCGUUACUCCACAAAAGAUUAUUAUUUCGCUUCAGAUUUUAAAAUGCUAGAACAAAAGGGUUGGGUAAGGAUCAUCCCAGCAUUUUCCCGCGAAAAUACAUCUACCGUGUCGCCAUCACGACGUCAGUAUGUACAAGACCAAUUGAAAAAUUAUCCAGAAAUAGUUUGGUCUGUACUUAAAUCUCCACAAAGUCAUGUAUUUAUUGUGGGGAAUCAAAAAACAAUGCCUGAUGAAGUACGUGAAGCGUUAGUGUAUGCCAUUGUCAAUGCGAAUCACACGGAUUCCAGUGGUGCUGAAAUAUUAUUAGAUCAAAUGGAAACAGAAAAUCGCAUACAGAUUGAAUCUUGGGCAUAA